AUGAAGCUCGUAAGAGAGAAACUGAUAAUGCAAAAUAAAUUAAAGCUCGAAAAUGAUGCUCAUAAGAGGGAAAAUGAAAAUGCAAAAAAGAAACUGGAUCUUGAGUUUGAAGCUUAUAAGCAGAAUACUGAACUCUGGAAAGAACUUUUGCUCGCUUAUAUGAAAAUAAUGGUUGUGAUUAUUGAACAAAAUUACAGUAUCUUUCAAUCAGCCAGACCUCUCUUAAACCAACUCAAAGAUGAAAAAUUGCCCAGCUCAGUCAAGGGUAAUAUUGAAAAAGUUAUUAAUCAAGCUUUCGAGGUACAGUACUAG